AUGUUUACCUUGCCGCUCCAUCACUCGAAAAGGGCAGAUUCUUUACCGGAAACAGCGAAGGACGAUGUGGGAAAAAAAUGUAAAGAAGAAAUCGCCUAUCACAGACAGGAGGGUUUCGAAAGAGCCAUUGACCACCAGGAACACGUUCUAAAAAUUGCCCAGGAACUAGGAGACAAAACUAAUGAAGGACGCGCCUAUAAUAAUCUUGGCAACGCCUAUCAACGUCUGGGGGAUUUCAAAACAGCCAUUAAGUAUUACGAACGUCAUCUAAACGUUGCAAAACAAGUGGGAGAUAAAGCUGGAGAAAAAUGGGCCUAUGCUAAUAUUGGCAUCGCUUACGAUAGUCUGGGGGACUUCAAAACAGCCAUUGACUACCAUAAACGUUGUCUUGAUAUUGCCAAAGAUGUGGGAGACAAAGCUGGAGAAGGAAUGGCCUAUAGUAAUCUUGGCACCUCUUAUCAAAGUCUGGGUGCUUUCAAAACAGCUAUUGACUACCAUAAACGUCAUCAAAAAAUUGCCAAAGAAGUGGGAGACAGAGCUGGAGAGGAAGUGGCGUAUGCUAAUCUUGGCAACGGUUAUUUUAGUAUGGGGAAUUUUAAAACAGCCAUUGACCACCAACAACGUUAUCUAGAAUUUGCCAAAGAGGUCGGAGACAAAGCUGGAGAAGGAGGGUGCUAUGGUAAUAUUGGCGUCGCUUAUCAAAGUCUGGGUGAUUUCAAAACAGCCAUUGACUACCAUAAACGUCAACUAAAAAUUGCCAAGGAAGUUAGAGACAAAGUUGGAGAAGAAAGAGCCCAUUCUGGUCUUGGCAACGCUUAUCGAAGUCUGGGGGAUUUCAAAACAGCCAUUGCCUACCACAAAGGUCAUCUAAAGUUUGCCAAAGAAGUGGAAGACAAAGCUGGACAAGGACUAGCCUAUUGUAAUCUUGGCAACGCUUAUUUUUGUCUGGUGGAUUUCAAAACGGCUAUUGACUACCACAAACGUUGUCUUAAAAUUGCCAAGGAAGUGGGAGACAAAGCUGGGGAAGGAAGGGCCUAUGGUAAUCUUGGCAACGUUUAUCAAAGUCAGGGGGAUUUCAAAACAGCCAUUGAAUACCAUAAACNUCUUAAAAUUGCCAAGGAAGUGGGAGACAAAGCUGGGGAAGGAAGGGCCUAUGGUAAUCUUGGCAACGUUUAUCAAAGUCAGGGGGAUUUCAAAACAGCCAUUGAAUACCAUAAACAGCAACUUGAUAUAGCUAAAGAUGUGGAAGACAAAGAUGGAGAAGGAAGGGCCUAUAGUGGUCUUGGCAACGCUUAUGAUAAACUGGGGGAUUUCAAAACGGCUAUUGACUACCAUAAACGUCAUCUCAAAAUUACCAAAGAAGUGGGAGACAAAGCUGGGGAAGGAGGAGCCUAUGGUAAUCUUGGCAACGCUUAUUGUAGUCUGGGGGAUUUCAAAACGACCAUUGACUACCAUAAACGUCAUCUUAAAAUUGCGAAAAAAGUGGGAGACAAAGCUGGGGAAGGAAGGGCCUAUGGUAAUCUUGGCAACGCUUAUCAAAAUGUGGGUGAUUUCAAAACGGCCAUUGACCACCACAAACAGCGCCUUGAUAUAGCUAAAGAUGUGGGAGACAAAACUGGAGAAGGAGGGGCCUAUGGUGGUCUUGGCAACGCUUAUCAUAGUCUAGCGGAUUUCAAAACAGCCAUUGACUACCAUAAACGUCAUCUUAGAAUUGUCAAAGAAGUGGGAGACAAAGCUGGGGAAGGAGGGGCCUAUGGUAAUCUUGGCAACGCUUAUCGAAGUGUGAGUGAUUUCAAUACAGCCAUUGACUACGAUAAACGUCAUCUGGAAAUUUCCAAAGAAGUGGGAGACAAAGAUGGAGAAGGAAAGGCCUAUGGUAAUCUUGGCAUCGCUUAUCAAAGCUUGGGGGAUUUCAAAACAGCCAUUGACUACCUUAAACGUCAUCUAAAUAUUGCCAAGGAAGUGGGAGACAAAUUUGGAGAAGGAAGAGCCUAUGGUAGUCUUGGCAACGCUUAUCAAUGUUUGGGGGAUCUCAAAACAGCCAUUGACUACGAUAAACGUUAUCUAAAUAUUGCCAAAGAAGUGGGGGACAAAGUUGGAGAAGGAAGAGCCUAUGGUAAUCUUGGCAACGUUUAUCAAAGUCAGGGGGAUUUCAAAACAGCCAUAGAAUACCAUAAACAGCACCUUGAUAUUGCUAAAGAUGUGGGAAACAAAGCUGCAGAAGGAGGGGCUUACUGUCAUCUUGGCAACGGUUUUCAAAGUCUGGGGGAUUUCAAAACAGCCGUGGACUACUAUGAGGCUUAUCUAAAAAUUAGCGAGGAAGUGGGAGACAAAGCUGCAGAAGGAGGGGCUUACGGUAAUCUUGGCAACGCUUAUCAAAGUUUGAGGGAUUUCAAAACAGCCAUCGAGUACUAUAAAAGCCAUCUAGAAAUUGUUAAAGAAGUGGGAGACAAAGCUGGGGAAGGAAUGGCCUAUGGUAGUCUAGGCAACGGUUAUCGAAGUCUGGGGGAUUUCAAAACAGCCAUCGAGUACCAUGAACGUCAACUUAAAAUUGUGAAAGAAGUGGGAGACAAAGCUGGGGAAGGAAAGGCCUAUGGUAGUCUUGGCAACGCUUAUUUUUGUCUGGAGGAUUUCAAAACAGCCAUUGAGUACCAUGAACGUGCUCUGGAAAUUGCUAAAGAAGUGGAGAAUAGACAUGAAACUGCCACCACGUUCUUUAAUCUUGGUAGUAGCUGUAAAUUAGAAGGGUCCCUGCCCAAAGCUCUUGAUUGCUUCCUUUCCAGUGUGAGAAUGUUCAACAUCAUUAGAUAUAAUCAUAGAUCGCGAAAAUUCCACAGUGCUCAUCGAAUCGUGGAAAGGGCACAGGAUCACCAUGAAAUGCGUUGUGAGGAAGGCUAUCACUAA